AUGACCCUAUCGGACAUAAUGUCGUAUGUUGGUGGUAUGGUGAGUGGUGCCGGAAACGCAGAGCUCAACACAGCGUGGGCCGCUUGGGUGAUGACGAUGCUGUAUUCGCGUUUCGUCGCACUAUUCUUCAUUAACCUGCUGCUGCUCGUGUUGGUGGUGAUCGAUGGCAACCUUCAGAGUAGCAAGGCUGAAGUGCAAGUGGAAGCCCCAGUAGAAGCUCCAGUGGAAGCCCCAGCUUCCAUUCCAUCCCCUCCUACACCUCCAGUCAUGCCUCCGUUAUCUACGAGCUCGAUGCGAGACGAAGAGGCUAGUUUGCCUAUCGAAGAACCGAGUAGGAUACCGCGAGCCGGACUCAGUCAUACCUUCCGUAGAAUGAAGACACUUCUCUUCAAUCGCCAAGCUACACCCACGCCGCGUCGCUCAUCCGUGCCUGAAUCUUCAGAGCCUUCGCCUGAAAGAUCCCCUCAAGCCGCGGACGACAAGAAGAGGACAGUGAAUUUCCCGGAGAAUCUUCUUUCCCUACCGCAAAGGUUGGAGAACUUGAUAGCGGAACAACAGCGAAGGCUGGACCGGUCGGUGAUUGACACAUCUGGGCGGAACGUUCCACGUACCUCGCAGUCCCUACCGCAGCUCUCCACAGAAAAUGAGGAGGACAACGUAACGUCUGAAAUGAACCGCGGACGGCGCGGUACCGCGGCUGAACUACAGGGCCAAAUGCCUUGGGCUUACAUCCCCGCAUCAGCCCAUCGCAUGCGAGACCAAUUGCCGCCUGAUGAAGACUUACCACCCGUCCCGCUGCCUGAUUACACCGCCAUACCCUCAUUUAGGAAAACUUCCGUUCAUCGAGCUGCUUCGAGUCUAAGUUCUUUGACGCAGAAAAGGGAAUACCUCGCAAUGCAGGCGGCGCGUCGUAAGUGUUAG